AUGGAGGACGAUGAAUUCGAGCUCGAUUUUGGCGAGGACGAACUCGACGUGGCCACGACCACGACCACGACCACGACCACGGCCACGACCACGGUCGAACCGUUGGUGACGCUCGCACGUUCAUCCCUCCCCAUCAAAGCCGCCCCUCCUGUGCAGGUAGUACCCUCGACGUCAAGCUCGACUUCGGGCUCGACACCUUUCUCUAUUCCCCCAGUCCCUUUACCUGGUCAAGCCAGUGGUCGUCGCAGUUUGAGCGAGGUCAAGGUCACCGGCAGUAGCAAGGGCAGCACUUUGAUCAAACCCAAGACACCCGUACCAUCCCCACCCAAACCGUCCACGACGCCCGCCACCAGCAGCCAACCGAAGCACGACUCGAGCAAAGAUGCGAACGGUCAACCCAUGCUCAAAGGUUGGGUCUCGCGCGUGUCCACUUCGACCGGCGACAUUUACUAUCGCAAACCCGCGACCGCAACCAGUCCGACCCAGUCGUCGUGGUACAUUCCUGGAUCUGCCGAGUGGAAAGCGGAUGAAGAACGCAAAGCGAAAGAGACUGCUGGUCCCGCCUCGACGACUUCCGAGACACGUGCAGCUGCCGAGAAACAGCCUUUGCCCCUGUCCACCGCUUCCAAGACCGAGACGGAGGCUCAGUCGCGUCCGAGUACACAGAAGCAGCCAACUUCCAAACACAGCGAAGGCACCUCGGAACUUGCGCAAGGCGGUGGUUGGCACGUCACCACCAACACUACUGCCGCUCCUUCUCGACAGGGUCCAUCGGGUAAGCGAUCCCUUCACAUCUACCCGACCCGUGCUGUCGAUCGAGCGCAUCUCACCGCGUCGCUCGUACGAGUUGCAUGAUUCUUGCAUCGCAUACAUCGCGUUGUGAUCUACAUUGCCGAUCGUGUGAAGGUCGGGAAGCUCGGGUUAAUCGAAGCCUCGCAUGCCCCCCCUGAUUACGAUCAACCUGUUUUCGGAAGCCGAUCGCUCAUUCUCACACGCGGUCGAUCUUCAUCGCUCGUGCUCUUCUACGGUACAGGAUCCGACUCUUCGCGCAAUGUAGCUACUCGUAGUACCGUCGUUACGCAAGACGACCGUGGUCCUCAACCCUCCGAACCGGCUCGAACGGUCGCAACCAAAAGUCAGCCUCAUCCCACCGCUUCUUCGUCGUCGCUUUGCGCGCAUGGUCGCUCUCAGAUCUGAUGCUCUCUCGUUGGGUGUCCCUCGCGUACCUUCGAUCGUGUUGUUUGCGACUCUACAGGUCGAACACCCUUGCCACCGCAGCAAGCCGUUAUCGGGCGAUCGACGUUGACGGAUCCGGUAGCCGCGGCUCCCGUCGAUGGACCGAGUAGACGUGCAACUCCGUCGUCGAUGGAGGCUACGCGAUACGCCUCACCUUCGAGUGGGCGAGACGUCGCCCUUCGACCUCGCGAAGCACCGAUUGCGAAUGGUGGGCCUCGGUUCGCUGCAGACGCACCUCGGUUCGCGACGGAUACUCGUCCCAACCGAAUAGAUGACAAUUCACGAUGGGCUCAACCUGCACCGCCGAUUCAAAGGAGUGCCGAUUCUGUCCCUCCUACCGUUGGAGGUGCGAAUCGCGUCCCAUUAGGAAACAAACGGCCGAACCCGAUGACGUUGGACCCUUCGACCAAAUUCGCUUCGCCCGCCGUGUCGGUGGCUGCGAGUGUGCCACCGAGAAGACGCUCACCUUCUCCUCCUGCACGACCCGUUUCCUCUCCACCGCGAAGAAUGGCCAAGGAGGAGACUCGCUUUGCAUCCAACAGGGACGUUCCACCGCACAUUCGUUCGAACUUGGAUCGCGAUCGACGUCCUUCCCCUCCACCUCGUCGAGCUUCGCCACCUCCUCGUCGUUCAUCACCGUCCCGUAGACCCGUGUCGACUUCGAACAUGCAUCCACUUUCCGCACCGCAAGCAUCAACACGACCAACGAACCCCGAUCUCGAACUACCUCCCCAUCUCACGCGACGCGAACCUCCGCGAACGACACCAGACCUUCACCGAGACCGAGAGCGUGAGCGAGAGCGUGACCUCGCACCUCAUCUCAUGAAUCGAACGCCUCUACCUCCCUCUUCUUCUUCCUCAAGGAGGAGAUCCCGAUCCCCACCUCCUCCACCUCCUCCUGCAUCAUCAUCUGUUUCCGCUCCGACGAUGAACGAAUGGACCCACCCUGAUCGACAAGCAUUGGUAGGAGCUAACGCGGGGGGAAUGAGUAGGUCGUCGCAAGGUUGGGUAACGAAUGAUGUUCAAUCGAGUGGUGGUGCGGAACGGUCCGGCUACGUCGGCGUUGGAGGAGUACCGAAUGCAGUGAAGAAUGGUGGGGCGGAAUCUCAGGGUUCGAGACCGAUGAGGACUUGGGGAAAACCUCAGUCGCAAGUCGUUCAGGAUAGGGUUCAAGAGCUAGGUUGUGGUGGGGAGAGGGAGAGGGAGGAUUUGAGAAGGCCCCGAGGGGAGAGGAAGGAGGAGGAGGAGGUGGAGACGAAACGAAGGAGGGUGGAGGGUGCUGAAGGGAGGAACAGAGGGACGGGGUGGGAUCAGAAGGUUGAGAGGGAGUGGGGGACGGGUGGGUGGGAUUUGGGCGCGGGUGCGAAUGGGAGUGGCAAUGAGGGGAGGGACGAACGGAGGGAGGUUCGACCGAAUGAGGAUCGGGGUCGGGAUCGAAGGGAUGAGAGGAGGUACGACGAUCGAGUCGAGGAGAGGGUUCAAGCACCGAGGGAGCCCGUUCCUCCUCCUCGUGCGGUUGGACAAGGUUGGGAAACAAAGAGCACCUCCCUGUCGGAGGCGAAUGGGUGGGAAACGAAGGAACAGCGCCCCGCAACACGUGCAGACGAUUGGGCCGAUAACAGCAAUCGAAGGGACGACCGACCUGAACGAGGGGACGAUCGGCCAUUAUCGGACCGCUUCACAGAAUCCAGCUUCCCUGUCCAAGGACAGGGCUGGGCAUGGAAAGGCAAAGGUGACGGGCGAUCCCUCCAACCACCCCCCACCGAGCAUCGACGCUCCGGCGACACACCUUCUCAUCCAACCGAUCGUCCGCUCUCCGAUCGGUUCAACGGUCCUUCUCCGCCCCUCACGCGCCAGGAAAAUCAGAAUCAGAAAUGGGGAAGUGGGAAUGCAACUGGUGACACUUCGAUCUCACCUCGCCUCGGGGAUAGGGAGGAAGGGGCUUUUGGAGGAAGGGGUUCGGAUAGUUUGGUCGGGAGACUGGAGGGGAGGUCUUUGUCGGAUCGACUUGGUGGUAGGGGUGGGAAGGAGGGGGGGAUGAACAAUGGCGGCAAGGAGGCAGUGGUGAAUAGGGUGAGUCUCUUCCGAAAGGCUCCUUGAAAGAAGUCUGAAGCUGAAGGCUGGAAUUUGUGCAGGGUUCUCCGGCCACUAAGCAGCGUGAAAAGUCUCUACUCGAUCGAGUCGAUUCGAAAUCGAGGGGGUCGGGCUCUCCUGCCCGAGGUGGUCGAGGAGGUCGAUCCUUGUUGGAUCGGUUGUCCUGA